UCGGUCAGUCCCUGAACAGCAUGACUGAGGACAUUUAUACCAAUGGCUCAGCGACUCUGGGCAGCCCCUCCCACAGCAACAGCCGUGAGGUGCGGAAAAUACGCCUUGUCCAGUUCGAGAAAGUCACAGAGGAGCCCAUGGGAAUCACGCUGAAGCUCAAUGACAAGCAGAGCUGCAUGGUGGCCAGGAUCUUCCACGGGGGCAUGAUUCACAGACAAGGCUCCCUUCAUGUGGGUGAUGAAAUCAUAGAAAUCAAUGGACAGAGUGUGAGCAACUACUCAGUUGACCAGCUGCAGAAGAUGCUGAAAGAAACCAAGGGGAUGGUCUCAAUAAAAGUAAUUCCCAACCAACAAAGCCGCCUCCCUGCUCUGCAGAUGUUCAUGAGGGCACAGUUUGACUAUGACCCCAAAAAAGACAACCUGAUCCCCUGCAAGGAAGCGGGGCUGAAGUUUCAGACUGGUGACGUGAUUCAAAUCAUAAACAAGGAUGACAGCAACUGGUGGCAGGGCCGGGUGGAGGGCUCCUGCACUGAGUCGGCGGGACUUAUCCCUUCUCCAGAGCUGCAGGAGUGGCGUGUGGCGAGCAUCACCCAGUCCAGUCAGAGUGAAUCCCCGAGCUGUAGCCCCUUUGGGAAGAAGAAAAAGUGCAAAGAUAAAUACCUGGCCAAGCACAGCUCAAUUUUUGACCAGCUGGAUGUGGUUUCAUAUGAGGAGGUGGUGAGGCUGCCUGCCUUCAAGAGGAAGACUCUGGUGCUCAUUGGGGCCAGCGGUGUAGGCCGUAGCCACAUCAAGAAUGCUCUGCUCAGCAACAACCCGGAGAAGUUCAUGUACCCGCCACCAUACACCACGCGCCCCCAGAAGAAAAAUGAGGUGGACGGGAAGGAUUACUACUUUGUCUCCACGGAGGAGAUGACCCGGGACAUCUCAGCCAACGAGUUCCUGGAGUUUGGAAGCUACCAGGGUAACAUGUUUGGCACGAAAUUUGAAACAGUGCACAAGAUCCACCAGCAGGACAAAGUUGCUAUUUUGGACAUUGAGCCCCAGACCCUGAAGAUUGUCCGCACAGCUGAGCUCUCCCCAUUCAUAGUCUUCAUUGCCCCAACAGACAAGGCAGAGCAGUCAGAGGCUUUGCAGCAGCUCCAGAAAGACUCAGAGAGCAUCCGGAGCCGAUAUGCACACUACUUCGACCUCUCGCUGGUCAACAAUGGGGUGGAAGAAAGCCUCCAGCUGCUGCAGGAAGCCUUUGAGCAGGCCUGCAGCUCUCCACAGUGGGUGCCUGUCUCCUGGGUCUACUGAGAGGGCAUCUGACCCCAGCCACCUCCCAUCAACCAUCCUGCAGCCAUGAGGAGAAACCUCCUCAGCUUCCCCUGAUCAACACACAGCCGAGCACAAUUGCCUUCCUCUGCUGCUCCAUGGACAUGGUCUUAUUGGUUGACAUGCACACAGGGUCUCCAGAUCUUUCCUGAGGGAACA